CCCCUUUCAUGACCUAACAAUAGACUUCCUCACACUUUUAAUGUUCUAGUGUUCAGUAACUUUCAUAGCUUGUGGUCGCUCUCUUUUACCUCUGUCGUUAUUAUUGCUUCCUCAACCCUCUCCGAACUGGCUUACGUGUGGAAUUGAGUGUUUAUCUGUCACUUGGGUAACACCAAACAAUAUCGCUCACUCGUUCAGUGUUUGUUGCGAUUAUGCAGGACCUUGAAACUCUCCGCAAUGGAGGCUAUCGCGACCAAGGUCUCCAAAAGCUCAAAAUCACCGGCACUUUGGACGAAUUCCCCUCGGAAAUCCUGGAACUAGCCGAAACCCUCGAGCAUCUAGAUCUCUCUGGGACCGGCAUUUCUGUUCUCCCCGAUGACUUCAGCCGGCUGCGCAAGCUCAAGAUCGCCUUUUUUUCUGACUGCCGGUUCACCGUGUUUCCCAAACAGCUAUCGGACUGUGCCGAACUCGAUAUAGUGGCAUUUCGCUCCAACGGCAUGAGCACCAUCCCAGAAGAUUCCUUGCCACCCAAGCUACGUUGGCUCAUCCUCACGAACAACAGCAUCGAGGCACUGCCCCGAAGCAUCGGCCGCUGCUCUCGGCUCCAGAAGUGCAUGCUUGCCGGCAACAGUCUCACAAGCCUCCCGGAUGACAUGGCGGCCUGCAGUAAACUUGGCCUACUCCGUCUUUCCGCCAAUAACUUCUCCGACCUGCCGAAAUGGCUGUUUGAACUCCCCGAACUCGCCUUUCUAUCUGUUGCCGGCAAUCCCUGUUGCUCAGUCAGUCUCGAGGAGGAGCUUGCUCUGCUGCGCAAAGUGGACUGGGAGGAUAUUGAGAUGAGGGAGUUGCUGGGCCACGGAGCUUCUGGCGACAUCUUCAAAGCGAGGUGGAUGCUCGCCGACUCGGUGGUAGAAGAGGUAGCUGUGAAGCUGUUCAAGGGGGAGGUGACGAGCGACGGGACACCGCUAGAUGAAAUGGGCGCCUGUCUGGCGGCAGGUUCGCACGACAACCUCAUCAGCACUUUGGCCAGCAUCCAGGGCCAUCCAGAGAAGCACGGCCUCAUUAUGCAACUCAUUCCUCCCCAUUACCAGAGUCUCGGGCUGCCGCCUUCCUUGGACACUUGUACUCGAGACCGGUACGAACCAGGCAAGAGAUUGUCGGUCAAGGUUAUUCUUGAGCUAUUGGGUGGCGUUGCCGCAGCUGCUCUUCACCUUCACAGCCGAAAAGUCUCUCACUGCGAUCUCUAUGCGCAUAACAUUCUCUUGAACGAAGACGGACACGCUUUGCUGGGCGACUUUGGAGCAGCGACGAUCUACGAGCACCUCGGUAGAUUCAACUUUGAGAAGCUGGAGGUACUUGCAUUCGCUCACCUCAUUGAUGACAUGAUCGGGGUUGCUUAUGUCGAAGAGAGUGAUGGAAGACAGCAGACACUGCAAAGUUUGCGGGAGUUGCACAUCCGCUGCUCCAACUCCAUUGUCUCUGAGAGACCUACCUUUGCUGACGUGGUGGAUUCUUUCCAGACAUUGGUAUGAAAUCCAUCAGCCUCAAAAGGCGGUCUCUGCCUGUUGUUUCGGCCUCUGGGGUUCCAUGCGGUGAAGUAUGCUUGGCAGGUCCAAGAGAGGUUUCUGGGCAAGGAUAUAUCAGCUGUGCAGGUGCGAACUUCACGAGAAGUUGAGUAGAUGGAGACCUUAUAACGAAUAGACGCAAGAAACACAAAGGGAAUGAGAUAUGGGGCUAUAGAAUUAAACACAUCCUAGACUUAGACGCAUUUAGAAUUCAACCAACAUGACAUUUAGAAUGGCCAUC